GCACAGCUAGCGAUAAGGAUAAGAACGCAUUGAACAUUUGUGCGACUGCUCAGUCGUUGAUGGGAAGUCAACUGAGGCGUGUCUGCCCUCUGGUCAACUCUACUCUACUCGCUACUGUCUACUCCUUACUCCUCCUAGUUACACACAGAGUUCAACAUGAAGAUCAUAUCGUCUAUUAAGGGCGCCGGAUAUACGUGCCUGGAACUUGUUGUCAUGGCCGCCUUUACGUCGUUCUUCUUCACAUUGCCUCUGAACUCAUUAUACGCCUCACUUAUUCUAUUGUUCUUUGGCGGCUAUAUGGUACGCAGUGUGUUGAUCAUCUAUACGGCCAUUAUAUACGUGCGGCACAAAUUCAAUCACUCCCCCGUAGAUGGCAAUGGCUGCAUGCUAAUGCGCGACAACGUUAUAAGUCGUAUAUAUCGUAAUUACUUUCCCGUUCAAUUGAUUAAGACUGCCGAACUGCCGCCCAAUAAAAACUACAUAAUAGCUAGCUUUCCACACGGCAUACUUGGCACCGGAAUUUGUAUCAAUAUGGCUUUCGAUAUUAGUGUAUGGCUCAAGCUGUUCCCCAAGGUGCGUCCAAAGGUGGGCACACUUAAUCAGCAUUUUGUCACACCUUUUCUGCGGCAUUUCCUACGAUGCUGGGGGCUGAUCUCCGUGUCAAAGGAGUCGCUGAUGUACUUCCUCACCAAGUCUAAUGAUCCGAAACAUUCCGACAACCGCGAUGGCUUCACCUCCAAUGCGGUGGCUAUUUUGGUAGGCGGUGCACAGGAGGCGCUCGACUCACAUCCCGGCCAAUAUAUAUUAACGCUCAAGAGUCGCAAGGGCUUUGUAAAGAUGGCCGUGCGUACAGGAUCUGCAAUUGUUCCCAGUAUUUCAUUUGGUGAAGUUGACAUCUUCCAGCAGGUGGCCAAUCCACCUGGUUCGAAACUGCGUAACUUUCAGAUUGCAGUAAAGAAGCAAACGGGCAUAGCACCGCUUAUACCCUUGGGUCGGGACAUCUUCCAUUAUCCCUUCGGCGUUGUGCCUUAUCGCCGGCCAAUCGUACAAGUUAUUGGCGCGCCAAUUGAUGUCGUGAAGAAUGCUAAUCCGGAUGCUGCCUAUGUUGACGAGUUGCACGGCAAGGUAAUGAAAGCAUUGGAGGAGUUGUUUGAAGAACAUAAAGCUAAAUACUUGCCGAACGCGUCAAACACACAACUAAUUAUAAACUAAACACCCGAUUCAACUGUUUGGGACUGCCAACUCGUUCACAAAAUAUAUAGUCUUUGGGGAUUUUCAUUCAAAAGCAAAGAAGGUCACACUAAAAGCUUGUGCUGCUUUUCAAAUGACAAAAUUAAAACCAAAAUUAAAAACCAAAAAAAAUUUCAGGAUUACUAUUUAAG